AUAGGAAGUCUCGCGGCUUUCUAUACUGUAAGACAGUUUUGUCUGUAACGAGAUCACGAAGUCAUCAUGGCAGGCUACCAAAUACUUCUACUUAUCGGUGUAUUUAUUAUAUCAAUUUGUACAGCAAAGGAGGCCGAUUUCUCCGUUGAAAAGCUUCAUGUUAAUUCUAUUAUAACUCAUCGCUUCGCCACCACUCACGUGACAAGUGUGUUGGUGAAUUUAGGGUAUUCCCCAAAAGAGGCCAUCUUCGAUAUUCGACUGCCAAAAGGUGCAUUCAUUUCCAACUUCUCCAUGACCAUCGAGGACAAAGUUUACGUGGGUUACAUAGAGGAAAAAGAGGCUGCUCAGAAAACGUACGACGCUGCCGUGGAACGUGGUCAGUCUGCGGGUCAUAUCAGGGCAAGAGAAAGCAACAAAUUCGCAGCCUCUGUCAAUGUUGCGGCAGCCAUGAAUGUUACCUUCGAACUAACGUACCAAGAACUGCUGGAAAGACGACUGGGCCUUUACGAACACGUGGUCUACAUUGACCCGGGUCAACCCGUAGCUGACAUGAAGGUCGAUGUGUACAUCGUGGAAUCUCGCGUGAUCACAGAACUGAGCGUCCCACCAAUAAGCAAUGACCUUAUCACAGAUGUCAUUAUAGAUGACACAAAUGAGUACGCCCGAAUUGACAUACUGUCAGAAUCUUCGGCUCACAUCGCUUUCUCCCCGACACCAGAAGAGCAGAGGCACUUCUCCGAGCAGGGGGUUUCCGGACAAUUUAUCGUCAAUUAUGACGUGGAGCAUGAAAUGGACGGCGUUGGAGAGAUUCUGGUAGUGGAUGGCUAUUUCGUCCACUUCUUCGCUGCCGGAUGGCUCGAGCCUCUAAGCAAACGAUUGAUGUUUGUCAUGGACACCAGCGGGUCAAUGAGCGGGAUUAAGAUUCGCCAGAUGAAGCAAGCUUUGGUGACUAUCUUGAAUGAACUUAGCCCGGAUGAUGAGUUUGGAAUUCUCACUUUCAGCAGUGGUGUUCAAAAAUGGAAAGGCGGAGAGAUAUUACCAGCCAGUCUCCAAAACAUUGAACAAGCUAAACUUCAUGCUGAAACCUUGAUAGCUUCUGGGGGUACGAAUAUUAAUGCCGCUUUGCUUCUUGGACUUGACUUGUUAUCCGGCGACUCAGACAAAUCAAACAUGUUGAUUUUCUUGACGGAUGGUCAGGCUACAUCUGGUGUUACCUCUUCGAGGAAAAUUCUGGAAAACAUCAAGACUUCAAAUGACGAUGUGUCCAUUUUUUCGUUGGCGUUUGGUAGUGGAGCAGAUUUUAGUCUACUUCAGAAAAUCUCUGGUCAAAACAAUGGCCUAGCCAGAAAGAUUUAUGAAGAUGCUGACGCUACGUUGCAACUCACAGGAUUCUACGAUGAAAUCUCGUCGCCGUUGUUGUCUGAGUUGAAAAUAACCUACCUUGGAGAUGUCGAUAACAGUUCCCUAACUGAGAACACGCUCCAUUGCCUGUUCGAUGGGGCAGAGAUGGUUGUGGCCGGUCGACUAUCGCUGGACAACAACAGCAACAGUGUUCCCACCAUCGACAUUAAUAUAGAAGGGAACCUCGUGGAUUCGACUCUUGUGAUUGACCAGACGUUCAAUAUGACCGAUACUACCCUAGAGGAUAUUCCCACAGCAUCAGCCGAGGAUAUCCAAGAAUUCACCCACAGGCUCUGGGUGUACCUGACCAUAAAACAAUUAGUAGCCACCACACGGCAGGCUUCAGAUCCGCAAAAAGUGCAAGAGGCCAAAAACAAGGCUAAGGAAUUGGCCUUGAAGUACAACUUUGUGACACCGUUCACAUCGAUGGUUGUGACGAAACCCGGAGACGGCGACGAAGAAGACAAGGAGGUGAUGGGCGGCAGACGGCAACAUGAUAAAGACGAUGUCUUCUACGAAGAUUUGAUUUCUCACUACGACUUACAACCUAUGCCAAUUCAGCCUCCACAAUACGGAGGAUAUCCGAGCCUGCCAGGAUUACCUGGACUGAGUGGUCCAUCCGGCUUAAGGCCUCGUUUGAUGCUCACACCUAAGAGACGACCGUAUGUCACUACGACUCUUCCACCGAAGGUAGCGAAAGUUUCAGGUUACCUUCCGGCCGUAAAUGUACGUUUAAAUGACCAACAGUCGCCAGGAGUGGGGAUGAACGUUUGUUUUGACAUCCCAUUGACCGCCACCAAACCCGAGUACACCAUCCUCAGGACUGGGAAUACAGAUGUAUCGGGCAAAGUUUCCCGCGGUUACACCAAUGGGAAAAAGUUCGCUCAAAUUGACAUCAAAACGCCAAACAUCACAGUAAAGAUCACGACCCGAACUUUGCGAAUCGACGGGAAAAAAACCAUCGCCUGGUGGCAACUUAAAAAAGUUAACAUUAGCCAAGGGGAAGUAACCGCCUCUGGUGGACUGAAGCUCGACCUCGGAGGCGAUUUAUAUGUCACGGUUAAUGUGUACGGUAUUCAGAGCAGAAGAUCUCGUGUCAAGCCUUUCCUCGCCGUCUCCGUGAACUCAGCUAACUGGGCGUACGUACAACCAUCUGGCCUCGUGGGGAGAAUUUUGAAGUUGAAAGAGCCCCAAGUGAAAGGAAACCAGCUGGUGUAUAGGAAAAAAGUGCAGAAAUCUGUUCCUGUGCAAGAAUAUACUUUGCUGGAAAACGACAUUUGUAACCGCAUUACAGAUUCCAACAUUGUCACUGAGUUAUUAAAACUGUAA